CCAGCGCCUCCGCCCGGCCCCGCCGCGCUGUUUCCGCCGGCCCCGCUGCCGGCCAUGCAUUCUUCCGGCGCCGCCGGCCCCUGCGGCCCCCGGCGGGUGGCCCCCAGCCCGAGACUGACGGCUCGGACUCUAGUGUGAGAAUGGCUGUGACUUUGGAAGGAGCGCCGAGGCUGGGCUGGAUCCUGGUGAAAGCCCUGUUGAGAUUCGCCUUCAUGGUCGCCAAUAACCUGGUCGCUAUUCCGUCCUACAUCUGCUAUGUAAUUCUGCUGCAGCCGCUUCGCGUGCUGGACAGUAAGCGGUUCUGGUGUAUUGAAGGAAUCAUGUACAAAUGGCUUUUGGGAAUGGUGGCUUCCUGGGGAUGGCACGCUGGAUACACUGUGAUGGAAUGGGGGGAAGAUGUUAAAGCAAUCUGGAGAGAUGAAGCCGUGGUGUUGGUGAACCAUCAGUCCACAGGAGACGUGUGCACGCUGAUGAUGUGCCUGCAGGACAAAGGACUGGUUGUCGCUCAAAUGAUGUGGUUGAUGGAUCAUAUUUUUAAGUAUACAAACUUUGGAAUUGUUUCUUUAAUUCAUGGAGACUUCUUUAUAAGGCAGGGAAAAUCUCAUCGUGACCAACAGCUGCUGCUUCUGAAGAAGCACCUGGAAAAUAAUUACAGAAGCAGAAAUCGAAAAUGGAUUGUUUUGUUUCCAGAAGGGGGCUUCCUCAGGAAGAGGAGAGAAACAAGUCAGACAUUUGCCAAGAAAAAUAACUUGCCAUUUCUUACACAUGUUACCUUGCCAAGGGUCGGGGCAACACAGAUUAUUUUGAAUGCACUUGUAGCACGACAGGAAAAUGGGAGCCCAGCAGGAGGAGAUGCUAAAGAACUAGAGAGCAAAUCAAAAGGCCUCCAGUGGAUAAUAGAUGCAACCAUAGCUUAUCCCAAAGGUGAGCUGUUAGAUAUUCAAACCUGGAUCCUUGGAUACAGGAAACCAACAGUCACGCAUGUACAUUACAGGAUUUUUCCAAUUAAGGAUGUGCCCCUGGAGACUGAUGAUCUUACCAACUGGCUCUAUCAACGAUUUAUUGAAAAAGAAGACCUCUUAGCCCAUUUUUAUGAAACAGGAGCCUUUCCACCUCCCAAGGGCCAUAAGGAAGCUGUUUCCCGGGAGAUGACCCUCAGCAACGUGUGGAUAUUCCUCAUCCAGUGUUGGGCAUUUUUGUCAGGCUAUCUGUGGUACAGCAUCAUUCAGUAUUUUUACCAUUGCCUGUUUUAGAUAUUGACUUGGACUUAAGGUCACCAUAGGAGUUCACACUUUCGUAAGUGUACAUUAUUUACACGUGCAAAUCAGAAUAUAUAAAACAAAGGAAAUUCAAUGGAUGGAUGAAUAUGUAUCCCCCUUUGGGAUAUUUUAAAACUCUACUAAAAUGAGGAUCAGUAAUAGAAUGACCUGCUAAUAUAUUUUAAGAACUUUUCUUGUUUUAAAGCGAUAUGCUGUACCACAUAUUUAAGCAAACAUCACAUCUGGAGAAGUGGAAAUCAUAAAACCAUCCUCGAAGAUGGAAAGAAACUCUGUUGCCACCAGAUACCCUUGGUCAUUGGGCUCCAGCUCAGGGGUUGUGUCUGCCCCUCCCGGGUCACAUUCUCUAGAGCUGGGCUCGCAGGGCCUGGCCCACACCCACCUGUGGCCAUCGCUGUCACAGUGCGCAGAGCUGGGCCACCUGCAGAAGAGCAGCUUCCCUGCCGUUGGCAGAGACAAAGUCCCGGCCCAGCCCCUUCCCUGGCGGGCAGCAGUGUCCACCACGCACCUCCUGGCACGGGCUGUGCUCCGGAACCAGUGCAGCCCAGUGCCAUGUUUACAUGUGCUCGUGCUUUCCCUUUGUUUUCUCCUGGGUAGAAGGCAUAUCGUAGAUGGAUCAUUGUAUUUUACAGAAUGCACUUUUAUCAGAUGCAGAUGUAGCCGAGGAUAGUAAUGAACCCUGAAAACACAAGUGAGCCUCAGCAGCGAGCUGGCUCCUGGAGGCUCCCCUGCCACUGCCCACUCGCCCACAGGCCUGUCCAUUGCCGCCCUGACCCGCACCCUUCCUGCUACAACACCAGUCGUAGUGAGAGCCCUCCCCAUUUUGAUGUAGCACCAGAUGCAUUUGGGGAUGGUUGACACAAAUUAAUGCAAAACAUUUACUGGUCAGCUUAUGGAGAAAAGAUUAGUUUAUUAGGAAACUGAGCUAGCACCAAGCAUUGGCCUGGAGCUGUGACGAGUUCUCAAGCCACAGCCACUGGCCCUGGCCAAUCCCAUGUGUCAGUCACUGCAUCUGUGCCCGCCCCUCCACGCAGGCACAGCCUGGAGAGAGCAGUGCAGGGGCUUCUGGCCUCUGCCAGCUGCUGUUGAAGAGGAUAAAGUCAAGUUUCAGUUCUUUCCAGGAAACUUUUACUUUAUUUGUCACUAUAUUCAUCUGCUUUACCUCACUGGAGAACCAAACUCCUAGAAAGUGCUGGCACUGCAGUAGAGUGGAGAUCGAAGAUGUCUUUUGGCUGAGGACUGUGAAGCUGUCGAGAUCUGUCUGUUGGUGGUAGUUUUCUGUGAUAAGAGCACUGUAGACUCCCCUUGUCACUAAUUUCACAGAUAAUAAUCCUGAGAAGUAGGCUGUAAAACAAAAAUAAAGGCUAAUGCUUUCUGUUUUCAGGUAAACCAAAAAAACUGAAAGGAUGUGAAUUUUGCCCAGUUACAUGGGAAAGGUGGAGCAACACCAAAUAAAACCCCACAGCAGCUUCGUCUUUAGGGUAACUUGGAGCAUACAUAGAAGAGCAGGAUGUGUUAACUGAAAUACCUCAUGGAAUAUUUACUGCUGCUAAACUGCAGGCGACAGUGUUAAGAUGAAUGGCCUGGUAACAGUUGUUAUAGAAGGCAGUGUUUUCAAAACUCAAGUAAUGCAUUGUGUUCUGCAGUGACAGUAGGUGAAGCCAGUCUCACCAAAUGGCAGAAAGCCAAAGAGAAGCUGUCCGACACUUCUGUUUGAGGCCCAGCAAAUACCAGUCAGUUUCAGGAUGAACUGGAAUUGUUCAUUGGAGGCAUCAGUUGGCCCUCAGCGGAGAAUUUGCUCCCUGACAUGCAAGCGUGCACGGUCCUAGCUACCAGACCUGUCCUCAGUGCAAAGCCAGCCACAGGCAGAGUGGCCAGUCUUGUCCCCAAGCUGCAUCCAUGCACAGGUACAGGUGGCCUGGGCUACUUUGUCAUUGCUGUGCUCCAAAGAACCAUGACUUUGUUAUACACUGUAUGCAUUAAACUCUCCUGUAAGACGCUUUGCUCUUCCAGUGCAGUGUCAUUUCCGUAGUGACAAACACCUACACCUGUGUGAGCCGAUUUUUGAACAUAGAUCUGUGAGUUGUGAACAGGUGUGUAUUGGAUCCGCCCUAACCCUCUUCCAUUCUUUCUGAACAUGUCCUGUCUCUCCCGUUCUCAAAACAUUAUUUGAGAACAUUGGUUGUGCUUUCCUGAUUCACUGGAGUUCAUCCUCUUGCACUGGGAAUGUGGAGAGAAUCGGUGAUCUUUUAUGGCCUUCAGGGAAGCAGCACGAUGGCACUGUGCAGAGCUGAGUAAGAUUCCUACCUGCACUUUCUUUAUAAAGGGGGUGUUACAUCUUGUCAGGGCGAAAGAAGAGAAAACAGUUCCCAGUUCACGGAGGUGGCCGGCUAGGGUCUCAGGCUUCUGGGCCCAGCGGGCAGCCUGGGUCGCGCACCUGCUGUUGGCAUCCUGGUGUCAAUGAGUGACUGUGUCUGAGCACUUGCCUGGCCCCAGCAGGCCCGGUGACUCGCCCUUAGCUUCAGAAAGAGUUGCUGGUGUUGAGAUACACAUGUCACAGGGAUACCGACAAGCAAUGGAGGAAAAACCACAGUGGAAAAUGAGGCUUGGAGGACAAACGAGUCAGUUGAGAAUUUAAAUAGAUUUUUAAAGGUAGCUGUGAGUUCAUAUUUGUCAUAUUAUUAAGUAGUUAUUAAUAUUACAAUCAGUCCUUAUUUUUCCAGUUUCUUAAUUAUGGCAUAAUUAUCUACUUGGCAAAUGGAGGCUAAAUCAUAGGGAAGCCAAAAAUUCAGUAGUAUGUAGGAGUUUGAAUUUCUUCUCUCAUCAGACUUCUUUUCCUUCUAGGAUGCUUACUAAUUUUAAAAACUGAUAUGACUUGUUCAUUAAUUUCCUUUGCCUGUGUAUUUAUGAUUGUGUUAUUGAGUAGAAAAAGGGCAUGGAAACACAGCCGAGCAGUCCAUGGCUGGAAAAGGCAUCCCUGGAUCAUCAGGAAUUGACACCUUAGGUCCCCCACUGUCGCCUAAAAGGUCACUCUGGUGUCCUCUGUCUGGACAGGUGUGGAGAAGCCACUCGGUCUUCGCUCACAAUGCUCACCUCUUGCAGAUUUGUCUGGGUGAUGUUCUUGACAAUCACUUCGCUAAAGACUCUUCUGAGCUAGUUGGUCCUGGCUAUAAUCAUAGUAGUCUUUAAUAAUGGGUAGUCUUCUUGUAUUCUUUUAUAUUUAAAAGGAAAAUGUUUUAUUUGCACUACUGAAUAGGGAGAGUUAACUGUUUUCUUUGUUCUUGUUUUGAGGUCACUACCCAGGACUCACCCCAGAGUUACCAUUGCAUGUAGGUUCAGCUCUGGUCCACAGGGGCUGGAUAGAAAUGGUAGACCAUAUGUGUGCAUCUGGACCGCAGUGCUGUGGGCCUUCCCCCUGUCAACAUGCAGGCCAGAGUCCAGGGGAGCACUGGGCAGCAGGCGAAUGGUUCAUUUUAUGGGAAGUAGAGACUAAUAUGUUUGGGACCAAAACCACCUAAGUUGGAAAUUUCUCGAUCACAGAAGGGCCGAGCAUACUCUGCAGCAGUCGUUGGUUGGUGCUUUAUUGGAAUCAUUUUGUACCAGUCCCCAGCAGUUAGAAGCUGGACCUGCAAUAGGCUGAGGGUGCCGACCUGUUGGGGAAGGGCGACUGUAGCCAUAUGGAAGAGAAAAUGUGGGGUUUUCUGCAAAAUUUCCAUCUGAGGAUUUUUACAUUGAAUAUUUUUUAAAUGCUUUAAAGAGCAAAAAAUUUUUCAGUGUAUUCUAGUUGCAGAAUAUGCACAUGUUUUGAAUUGCUUUAUUUUAUGUGUAAAACUGUUGACACAUGACUAUGGUGCACAAAUUCUUUCCAUGUAAAGAGUCUAUGCAUUUUACAAGAACUUGUUUUACGAUUAGGUAAUGACACAGUUAGACAUUCAAUUGCCAUUAUUUUUAUUAAGUGCUUUCAUUUUCUUUACAGUUAUUACAAGGUUGUAUUUAUUUUAUACAGAUGGAUGUUCAUGUUCCUGAUGCUGUAAUGUUUACUUCUGCUUGCUGACCUUUCUGUGUAUCUGCAUGUUGUAAUGUGUGGUAGGGGCGCGUGUAAAGGCUGUGGAACUGUAACUGAUGUUGUAAAGGGCUGGUUACAUGUGGUCUGGUUUGUGGAUGCAUUUGGGAUGGUUUUAGGAAACCAAGAUCACCUUUUCAGAUAUUUAGAUGUGAACCAAAAGCAAAAAAUAGAUAGCUGGUUCUAUUUUUUUUUAACCUUGAGAAAAUAAAGUUGAUUUUUUUCAA